UGGGCGACACAACUUCCUGCCAAGGGCACUGCAGAUCCAGAGGCUCCCCGCCCAGCUCUCGCCGGCGACGGCGUCACCGCCCCAUGGGGUUAUGUCGGAGAGGAAGCGGUCCCGCACCACGUUCACCACCGACCAGAAGCUGCGGAUGGAGGAGCUGUCGGAGCACCUGGGGUGGCACCUGCAGAAGCGCGACAAGGACUUCAUCGAAGCAAGAUGCCGCGACAUAGGCGUCAGCAAGAAAGUCUUCAGGAACUGGAUGAACAACAAGAAGCGCAAGUACCCCAGCGGCCACAACCCCUCCGCUGCAGCAUCAUCUGUUGUCGGACCAUCCCAUCUCCGUCUUCCCCCACCACAAUCACACCACCAGUGUUAGAAUAAAUCUUGUAUGUGUCUAGUUUUCUCUGCCAUGGCAACAUUCGGCUGCCAUGGAAGCUUUUAUUUGUUCUGCUACCAUGGAAGCAUUUAUCUGUUCUGCUAACAUGGGAUGUUUUUCGGCUGCCAUGAAAAGCAUUUUUUAUGUUAGCGUUUUUUGCUGGUAGGCUCAACUACUUUGAGCGAUUUUCAUGGCACGGUCGAUCCGUCUGUGGGAUGUCACAAACCUGUCGGGGUCGUGGGCAUUGCACAUUUUCCUUGUACCAGAAUAAA